AUGCCUAUGAUUGAGCUUGAGGCAGACAUAGCAGCCUUCGAGCUCUACACGGAGUGGGUGUACUCGGGUCACUUCUGGAAAGAAGCCAUAAACCCCACCACCGAACACACGGGUUUCUCUCCUAUCGGCCAUGCCANNUACAUUUUGAGAGAGAAGCUACGCGAUCACAAGUUCAUGAAUGCAGUCGUCAACCUUGUUUUCGACGCAAUCCAAACCAGUGCCAGUAUAGACCUCACCCUACCUGCUCUCAUCUUCGACAAGACUUCCCACUCUGCACCUAUGCGAAAGCUACUAGUCGAUCUCUACGUCUGGUGCGGACACAAAGACUGGAUACGUACAACUGAGUCCAGAUCUGUUACCUUCAUGAUGGAUCUCUCAACCGCUUUUUUCAAUCGCCAUGGUCGAACUGAACCUGAGAGAGAUCAAAUACCACUCAUGAACCUAUGCAGCUAUCAUGAGCACCCGGAUGGUCAGCUCUGUUUGCCGACCAGAAUGCCUGACCAUCCCAGAGAGAUUGCUAAGCUGUUACCAAAGCCUUGA